AUUAUUAUUAGUUUGGAGACGAAUCAUCGUGAGGAUCAGGAAACUCCAUCGUCGUCAUCGUGUUCAUCCUCGGAGGCCGAUGAUGAACAUCAAUUUACUUCACUGCUUCUUCUUUCUUCUUUAUUCAUUUCACUGCUUAUGCUCCUCGACGUUGCCUUGAGGAUUCAGAAGCAACAACAGGCUGAGAAAAAGGCUAGACCCCAGAUCAAGAACGUUGGUUUGGGGCUGUUCGGGUCCAUUCUGAAGCGAUUGAGGGAUCGAAACAGGAACAAAAAGAGGGAGAAUAAUAAGAACGGUACUGAGGAUCAGAGGAAGUUCAUCAUAGUUUCAGGCAAGGAUGAUGAUAAUGUAGUAAAUGAAGCUGUGGGGGUGAAGGGAAAUGGAGAUGCAAGUAUGAGAGUUUCUUGCUAUAGUAGGCUUAGCAGUGCGGGGUGGUCGGAGAGCAACGAAGAGAAAUCUUUGGAUUUGGAGACUUCCAACAGUUGUAGGUCUGAAGAAGACAUUGAUGAGGAGGAAGCUGGUGAUGAUGCUGACAUGCCUGCAUUGGAGGAUGAAGCUGGUGAGGAAAGCAAGAUGGAAGAAGUGGAUUAAGGGACAUAUCUUAUUUCUUCGUUUGUCACAAAAGCUAUAUUGAGUCCUUUUCCUUGUGUCUUCUGGCUGUGUUAUGUAUGAAUCUUCAUUGCAGUCAUUGCAUGUGUUCGGGAAGUGCAAUAUAGUUGCGUUUU